AUGAGGGUGAUAGAGCUGAUCAUAGACGGCUUCAAGUCGUACGCUGUACGCACAGUAGUAUCAGGAUGGGACGAGAGUUUCAACUCAAUUACCGGCCUGAACGGUUCCGGAAAGUCCAAUAUUCUUGAUGCCAUCUGUUUUGUUCUCGGUAUCACAAAUAUGACAACAGUGCGAGCGCAAAACCUACAGGACUUGAUCUACAAGCGCGGUCAAGCCGGUGUGACAAAAGCAAGCGUUACAAUCGUUUUCGACAACAGGGACAAGAACAAGUCGCCAAUCGGUUUCGAGGAAUAUGCGACCAUCAGCGUGACGAGACAGAUUGUACUUGGAGGCACAACAAAAUAUCUUAUCAAUGGACACCGAGCGCAACAGCAGACUGUGCAAAACCUCUUCCAGUCUGUCCAACUCAACAUCAACAACCCAAACUUCUUGAUCAUGCAGGGUCGGAUUACCAAGGUCUUGAACAUGAAGGCGGUCGAAAUUCUCGCCAUGAUCGAGGAAGCAGCCGGCACACGAAUGUUCGAGGAUAGGAGAGACAAGGCGCUCAAAACCAUGGCAAAAAAGGAAAUGAAGUUACAAGAAAUCACAGAGCUGUUGCGCGAUGAGAUUGAGCCCAAGUUGGAAAAAUUACGAACAGAAAAGCGAGCAUUCUUGGAUUUCCAACAAACGCAAAAUGAUCUCGAGCGCCUCACGAGGGUGGUUGUGGCCCACGACUAUAUCAGAUACCAAGAAAAGCUAGCACAGUCCGGCACAGAUCUUGGAAACAAGAAACAACGUCAAAAAGACCUCGAGGAGUCCACAACUCGGCUGAAGAACGAAAUCUCGAAUCUCCAGGAGGAAGUAGACAGAGUCAAGGCUCAAAAGGACAAGGAGGUCAAGAAGGGUGGCAAAGCCAGAGCACUCGAGGAAGAAGUCAAGAAACACUCCAAUGAACUUGUUCGAUUGGCGACCGUCAUGGACUUGAAAAAUUCGAGCAAGGCCGAGGAAGAAGAGCGCAAGGCCUCGGUCGAACGUAAUGUGGCUGAGCUCGAAGCGUCGCUCAAAGAAAAGACCGAGGCUUAUGAAAAGAUCAAGGCGAAAUAUGACACAGCCAAGGAAGAAGAUAUCAGGCAGCAUCAAGAAGCCGAGUCUAAAGAAGAGCUCCUGCAAACGCUGCAGACCGGUGUGGCAUCCAAGGAAGGACAAGAAAGUGGUUACCAAGGUCAACUGUCAGACGCCCGGAACCGUGCAGCAACUGCUGCCACGACACAAGAACAAGCGAAACUAAAGAUCAACCAUCUCGAAAAGAGAAUCAAGGAAGAAGAACCUCGUGCCAAGAAAGCAAAAGAGCAGAAUGCAUCAUUGCUGCAGGACAUUGAAGAUCUUCAAGCUCAAUCCCAAAAACUCGAGGCGCAACUUGCCAAGCUUGGUUUCGAGCCUGGUCAAGAAGAGGCCAUGUACAAGGAAGAAACAGCAUUGCAGCAGAGAAUAAGGGGUUUGAGACAAGAAGCGGAUGCACUCAAGCGCAAAGUGGCCAACAUUGAUUUCAACUAUGCCGAUCCUACUCCCAACUUUGAUCGCUCCAAGGUCAAGGGUUUGGUAGCACAGCUCUUCAGUCUCGACAAGGAGCAUACGAGAGCAGGAACUGCGCUAGAAAUCUGCGCUGGUGGCCGCUUGUACAAUGUUGUGGUAGACACCGAAGUCACUGGUACUCAACUGCUCCAGGGCGGUAAGCUGAGAAAGCGGGUAACCAUUAUUCCGCUCAACAAGAUUUCGACGUUCAAGGCAUCAGCACAGACCAUUGCUACUGCUCAGAAGAUUGCACCUGGCAAGGUCGACCUGGCUCUCUCUUUGGUAGGCUACGAUGAAGAGGUGUCUGCAGCCAUGGAAUACGUCUUUGGCAACACUCUCGUCUGUCAAGAUGCAGAGACUGCCAAGCGAGUGACCUUUGACCCGAAUGUGAGGAUGAGAAGCAUUACUCUAGAGGGAGACUCCUACGACCCAUCUGGCACGCUCUCUGGUGGUAGUGCUCCGACUUCCAGCGGUGUGCUCGUUACUCUACAGAAACUCAAUGACAUCAACAGGCAGCUCCGUGAAGCUCAAUCAUCAUUGACGGAAUUGCAAGGAAAGAUGACCAAGGAGAAAGCCAAGCUCGAUCAAGCACGCAAGAUCAAGCAAGACCUUGAUCUCAAGACUCACGAGAUCAAGCUCGCGCAAGAGCAAAUCAGCGGCAACUCGUCAUCUUCCAUCAUUCAGGAGGUCGAGAACAUGAAGGAACAAAUCACCCAACUCAAGACGGACAGCGCUGAAGCCAAGAAGCGCCAAACCGAGGCCAGUGCAGAUGUCAAGCGUAUCGAGAAGGACAUGAAGGAUUUCGAAAACAACAAGGACUCCAAGCUGGUCGAGCUGCAAGCCUCUCUGGAUAAGCUCCGAGCUACUUUGGCAAAGAACUCGAGCACUGUGAAGAGCUUGCAAAAGGAGCUUCAAGGUGCCCAGCUCGAUUCUGAGCAGGUCUCUGGUGAUCUUGCGGCCGCCAGGGAGCAGUUGCUGGAGGUUGAGCUCGCGAUCAAGUCUCAACAAGAAGAGGUCGAGGAGCUUGUCAAGAAGCAGUCCACUCUGCAAGAGACCCAUGAUGAAGCUCAAGCACAAUUGGAUGAAGAACGGGCAAAGUUGACUCUCUUUGACGACGAGUUGCGCGCGCUCGAGGACGCCACUCGCUCAAAGAACUCUCGCGUUGCCGAGGAGAAUCUUGAGCUGCAGAAGCUGGGUCACACUGUAGAAAAAUUCCACAAGGAGCAGCAACAAGCCGGCCAGGAGCUUGAGCGCAUGGAGCAAGCACACGAGUGGAUCGCUGAUGAGAAGGACAAUUUCGGCCGUUCCGGAACGCCCUAUGACUUUACGGGUCAAAACAUCGGCGAAUGCAAGGCAACCCUCAAAACCUUGACGGACCGUUUCCAAGGCAUGAAGAAGAAGAUCAACCCCAAAGUCAUGAACAUGAUUGACUCUGUUGAGAAGAAGGAGGUUUCGUUGAAACACAUGAUGAGGACGGUCAUUCGUGACAAGCGCAAGAUUGAGGAAACCAUCAUUAGUCUGGACGACUACAAGAAGAAGGCCCUCUUGCAGACUUGGGAGAAGGUGAAUGGUGAUUUCGGUAACAUUUUUGCCGAACUGCUUCCAGGAGGCAGUUUCGCCAAGCUCGACCCUCCAGAGGGCAAGACUAUCAACGAGGGCCUCGAGGUCAAGGUGUGCUUGGGUAAAGUGUGGAAGCAAAGUCUUACAGAAUUGUCUGGUGGUCAAAGGUCACUGGUGGCGCUGUCCCUCAUUAUGGCCCUGCUACAAUUCAAGCCGGCUCCCAUGUAUAUUCUAGAUGAGGUUGACGCUGCUUUGGAUCUGUCGCAUACACAAAAUAUUGGUCGCCUGAUCAAGACUCGAUUCAAGGGCUCACAGUUCAUCGUCGUUUCGCUCAAGGACGGCAUGUUCCAGAACGCCAACCGCAUUUUCAGGACGAGAUUCAGUGAAGGAACAAGUCACGUCCAGGCACUGACUGCAGCAGAUUUCAAGUAA